AGGAAGAAACAAACCCAAAACAACCAGCAAGCACGAACCAAAGCCCUGCAAAACAGAAACGCAUUUCAAAAGAAAGGCAGUUCCUCUUUGAUUAGUACAGUGCUGCAUCACACGACACGACACGACACGACACGAAACAGAAUGGCCGAGCCAGAGAUAGCGUCCCCCGGUUCCUCUGCAGCCGUCGUCCUGGCUUCGGAAGAGGACAAGCGCGAAACCAAGAACGAGACCACAAACCCUUCCCAUCGAGAUGCGCGGUCGGAAGACGCAAACGAACACAAAGCAGCGAACGAUUCUUUUCCGUCGCCGGAUGCCUUUGUCAACAACGGUGAGUGGAGUAGAGCGGAGUGACAUGCAACGUGGUGCGAUGCGAUGCGACGGAGAUCCAUGUCCGAGAAAAACCGAUGCUUUCCGGGUGGUUCGGGGUCGGUUGGUUUUUCUUUGGAGGAAAGACAGUCGGCGAGCGCCGCUGUUUUUGAUUCUGCCGGCUGUGCUUCCGGGUCUCGCGGAUUGUCUUUUUCUUGUUUCUUGCGCUGAUUCCUGCCGCGUUUCGCUUCGGUUUCGUUCGUUUCGAACCAGGACUCCUGAGGUGGCAGGCGGCCCGGAGUGAGUGGUGUUCCGGUGGCGGAUCCCCGGCAUCGAGGGCACCGGCCUCCUUUUCGGCCGUCCAGCUCGACGUCGACGAGGUCAUCGACGUCCUUUUCGAUCCGCGGUGGAGGGGGGGUCCCCCCAGGACGAGCGGCUCGACCCGGUCCCUGGUUCCCCCGCGGUUCCCGAAGAACGUCCCUUUGCCGCAGAUGAUCGAUGUCCUGACGGACCUCUGGGAGGCGGAGGGGCUGGACGUGUAGUUUGGUGCGGAGCGGUGGAGUGGAACGGAACGGAACAAAAAGCAAGCAUGAUCACGGCGAGAAAAAUGGAGUGGGUAAUGUCCCCGGUCGAACGCUCGGAACCAAACAUACCAAUUGCUUGAAACGAGCCACACGUUAAAUUUGCGAGAUCGAUCAAUCUAUCCACGAGUUAUGAAUGCAUUGUCAUCCAUCUGUUACAACUCGAACUCGCAACGGACGUUCCGGUAGGUAAUUUGGUGCACGGUUUGUUGUGAGAUAGUACUUGGACUAGAGUACUGUAAAGUACAAGUAGCAUCUUCCGAUUUCUGGCAUCUCAAUAGGUUUGUUUGUUUGACCGGGAGAAACCAACGGAAAUGGCGAACAGCAAUGCCAAUGAAUCGUAUGAAUGCGAUGGCCUUCGUUUCAGACAAAGGUGUUCCUGGUAUUAAUGCUUAUUAUAUUUCUGUUUAUUGUACGUUCUGAUUCGAAACGACUCCACCAACGAUAGAUGGUUUUCGCCAGCAUGGAUUAUAACGCACCAC